ACACAUCCUCACGCUCACACACAUACACAGACGAGGGCUUUAGUCUCGCUAUGGCCAACACCACCAGCCCCGAGGAGAGCUCUCCCACCCAGGGCGCCGUAGCACCACCGGAGCCUGAACUGGAAACUAGCGUAGAACCCGACUCAGCAGCAAAGCCUGAGCCCAGCGAGGCCUGUUGUGACAGAGAGGAUGAGGAAGAGGAGGAAGAAACAGAGCCGAGGCAGGAGAAUGCUGGAGGUCAGAGUGUGGAUCCGGAAUGGGUGGAGGAGAGGUUCAGGAUCAAUAGGAAGAAGUUGGAGACCAUGUUGUAUGCACCAAGAGCUGGAGAUGCUAUGACUGGCGAGGAGUUUUUUGAGAAAGUGAUGAAAGAAACUGACACUCAGGUGAAAUGGCCUUCCAAGUUGAAGAUUGGAGCCAAGUCAAAGAAAGACCCACAUGUGAAAGUGGAAGGGAAGAAAGCCAAUGUUCUGGAAGCCAAAAAGAAGAUUCUAGAAGUUUUAGAAACAAGGGUAAAUAAGGUCACCCUCAAAAUGGACGUGGCCUACACGGAGCAUUCCCACGUAAUCGGCAAAGGUGGCGGAAACAUCAAGAAGGUGAUGGAAGCCACUUCCUGCCAUAUCCAUUUCCCAGACUCCAACCGCCACAAUGCUACAGGGGAGAAAAGCAACCAGGUGUCGAUUGCUGGACCCAUCGAGGGAGUGGAAGAGGCCAGGAGGAGGAUUAGAGAUUUGCAGCCACUGACUUUGACUUUUGACCUGCCGGUCAGCUUGGCUCCUCAGCCCGUGCCAGAUGCCGGCUCGCCUCUCAUCCAGCAGGUGGUGCAGACGUUGGGGGUGAGCGUGAGCUUCAGAGCAAUCCCACCACAGCCUCAGGCGCAGCCUGCCUUCUUUGGUAGUUGCUGCACCGUGUGGGGCCUGCAGGGCAACGCCUCUGCAGUCAAGAAGGCAACCUGCAUUCUGAUGGAGCUGCUUGUCGGAUCAGAGGUGACAGGGAGCGUGGUGACCAGCCAGCUUGACGUCACCUCACAGCAGCACCUCUUCUUGCUGGGGCAGAACGGAGCUCACUUCUUGAGCGUUAUGCACCACACUCAAACCCAAAUUAUUCUACCGGACCUCAGCGCACCCCAGAACCUCCCCUCACUGAUCAUACAGGGCAGCCCGGAUGGAGUGUGUCUGGCCCGGCAGCAGCUCAUGGACUGUCUGCCUGUGUGCUUGAUGUUUGACAUGCGGGAAGAUGUGGAGGCAGAUCCUUGUGCGCUGGCUCAGAUGAUGCAAAACCUUGGAGUCUUCAUUAGUGUCAAACCCAAAGUGAAGCAGACCAACAAGUCAGUUGUGGUGAAAGGUCUCGAAAGGAACAUCCAAUGUCUUUAUGAGGCCCGUCGGCUGUUGUUGGGUUUGGAUUCUUGUGACUCCACCAAGGUAACCAAGGUGGCACCUGACCCCGUUCUGUCUGGCAAUGAGUUGACCAGCUAUUGGCUCAACAUGUUACUCCAGCAGCUGCGUCUCUCGGAAAACGGCCCUGUCCCUGCACCUGCAUUCGUUCCGGAGGUUCUAAGUAGUAUGAAGGCUCGCCCAUCACCACCACCAGGACUACCCGCUCCCACUGAGGAAGGGAGGACAGGACUGAAGGGAACAGACAGUCGUCCAUUGGAGAAGAUCCUAGAAAAUGACGACCAGUCUGGCCAAUCAGAUGAUGAGAGCUCAAAGGAGAUGGUGAUGAUGAUGUCAUCGGAGGAUGCAAUGAACAUCCCCAGCGGACCCAGGGUGACAAAGAUGGGUCGGAGAGGGAGUUUGCAGGGUCCCGAGAUAAACAAAGUUUUCCACCAAGCCAGACGCCACUCUACAGGGCAGGCGUUUACGUGCAGGAUGCUGAAUGCAGAAAUGGAGCGAGGGAGGAUGGAGCGGAGGAGGAACAGCCUAAGGAAAGACGUGACAAUGUCCCGGGAUGUUUGCGCAGACGUCUCAGAAUCGGAGGUUUAUGACUAUGAGAAGAAGAAAUUGAUGGCAACCAGAGCAAUGCAGAGAAAGCCAGUGGUCACUGAAGUCCGGACACCCACGGACACUUGGAGCGGUCUGGGCUUUUCAAAGUCCAUGCCAGCAGAAGCUGUGAAGGAGCUGCGGAACAUCAGCCGUCGCAGCUACAAACCCUACUUGAGCACAAACAGCAGCCAGCAGUCAUGGGCCAAUCAGAGUGGGGCAGCGUCUCAAGGGAGUAAUUCGGACAACUGGAGGGACAGACGGGGAUCCCAGCCCGCCUCCUCAUCUUCCUCCUCCUCCUCUUCUUCUCCAUCCUCCCCACCACCGACAUCCUUCUCAUCCUCCUCUCACUUCCCCACGUUCACAUCCAACAGAAACAGAAAUGACAAACCCCCCGAGGGCUUUCCGGGUUGCAACUACUUUGACGACGUGUGCCCAUCAAGGAGGGCAUCCACCUGCAGUCAACGUAGCCCCUCCCCCCAGAUGAUGGACGAACUUCCGGAGCUCCUCAGCCAAUUGGGAUUGAUGAAAUACAUUGAUGUGUUGGAGCAACAGGAGAUCGACUACCAGACGUUCCUGACAUUGUCUGAUGAUGAUCUGAAGGAAGUGGGUGUGUCCACAUUUGGAGCCAGACGCAAGAUGCUGUUGGCCAUCUCAGACCUGAACAAGAGCAAGAGGAGACCUUCAGACACAUCCAGUGUAAAGUCUGGAUACCUGGAAGGCGGCGCCAGCGGUAGACUGCCACGUAUUUCGGACAUGGAAGUUGCUGCCCUCAGUAACCGCUGGUGAAAGCAUCUUUUAGCCCACUAUGAGUUUGUCAGUUGAGGAACUGAAGCUCUAACAUAUCAUUUCACUUAAGUCAGAAAGAACAAGAACAAAAUAAAAAUAAAAAAACGUAGUCAUGUGUGCCUUCCAUCGACAGCCAAAUUCCAAAGCCUUUUCUAUAAAAAUCAAGACAAGGAGGUCUUCUCUUCUAAGUGUUUUGUUUUGAGGAAAAAGUCAAACAUUACAUUACAUUCAUGAUACUAGCUCUUCUGUGAGUUUCUUGUGUGCCUUUCUUUUUGCAAAAUUAUAUGAAUGGUCUCAGUACCCACUACCUUUAUUCAAAUGUAAAUAGACCCUGCCCCUAAA